UGUCCCGACUCUUACUACGAUAUGAUGCUUAAGUGCUGGGAUGAAGUGCCCGAAAAUAGGCCAACCUUUGAGUACUUAUACCACUUCUUCGAGGACUACUUCGUGGCCACUGAGAGACAGUACCACAAAGCAGAUGAAAACGAAGAGGACAUCGAUGACCAAUAA